UUACCACAACAUUAUUAUGACCAUUUCAUUUGCUUACAUAGCGCAAUUAGUAUUUUAGCUUCGAUUUCUCUUAGAAAAUAUAGAAAAUUUGCAAAAGCCUUAUUAAUUUACUUUGUGGAACUAUUUGGUUCAUUAUAUGGAAAAGAACAAGUUUCGUACAAUGUACAUAAUUUAAUACAUCUGCCAGAUAGUGUUGACACUUUCGGUAAUAUUGAUUCGUUCAGUGCAUUUCCAUUUGAAAGUUAUAUGCAGACUAUUAAGAAAAUGGUUAGGAAAUCAGAAAAACCUUUGCAGCAAAUUGGUAAUAGGGUUCAUGAAUUAACUUCCAGAAUAGUAGACAGGCAUAAUGACCAGGAACUACCCGUUAUGCAAUAUCCAAUUGUACAUCACAAUAAUAUACUGACAAAUACUCACAAAAUGUUAAUUACAAAGGAAUAUAUUGUUAUUGCUAAUUCAGUGGCAAAUCAAUGCGUUCGAGUCCAAGGUGGAGUAUACAUUUUUACAGAAUUAAUCGGUUAUCAUGAAAAUUCCUUGGUAAUUGUAGGUAAGGUGUUUGAAAAGGUCAAUAAUUUUUAUACACACCCAAUUGAAUCUAAAUUAUUAGGAAUAGUUCUACUAGAAAAUUUGUCUCAGACUACUGGUAUUUGGCAUGUUACUGAUAUAUCAGAAAAAAUGUUUACCAUAAGCAUAAAUAAAGGUACAUACGCAGCUUUCCCACUUUUACAUCAAAUUACUUGUUAGCAGCUUUCCCACUUUCACAUCAAAUUACUUGUUAACAUAGUUUUAUUAUUUAGUUAGUUAUUUUUAUUAAUAUGUGUCUCUUGUUGUAAUUGAAGUACAAAAUUGAAGUAUAAAUUGUAAACAGAAACUAAAAUAGCUUUAAUUUACAAUGAAAAGUUCACUAUUUAUUUCAGUUGUGACUAAACUAGUUUUGGAGUUUGAACUCCAUCUUCAGGUACAAAAAGUUAGGUAAUCACAUUAAUAAUUUAUUUUAAACGAUCAUAUUCUGUUAUAAUUUAUUUAUAAUACCCUAAUAACCUCAUGGAGAAAUUUGUCAAUAUUAAGAAAUUGCUUUGUUAAUAAAAUUUCUUCAUUUUGACUUUUCUUCGAUUGUACGCCACUUCUACAAAUGAGUCGUUAUGUCGUUGUUCAUUUUACAAAGGAGAAUAGUGUGUCAGCUGUUCCUGAAAAGUGGGUUGUAGGGGACAAAUGUUUCUGGCCGAAAACAUCUCUUGUAAGGCCGUUAAUUAAACAAAGCGUUAGUCCGAAAUCUUCUUGGGAACAAUUUGCCGCAAAAGUCUUCCGUGAUAAACAAGGCAACGUUAAGUACUUUGAUUCACUUGAUCUAGCAGAAGAAAAGGCAGUGCAAGCUGAAGAAACGUCCGACUUAAGUACGGAUGAAGAUAGUUCAGGGCCUAGUCGCAUCAGUACAGGACUACAUCCUCCUCCUGUUCCAAGUGUUAGCAAUUUUGAGUUGGAGGACGAUUUGUCAGAAGAUGUUACAAUGGAAGAUGGAUUAAAUGCUACAUUGACUCCGUUAAUCGAGGUUCCUAUGUCUGCAAUCGCGUCUUCCUCACCAAUUCGUCAACAGCGAUCGCCAAUUUCCAUUCAAACACGAUGCGUAUGUGGAGGCAUUUCAACAAGUUUAGAAAAACUUGUCGAUCAGGUUGCAUGCAUGCAAUCAGAUAUUACGGAAAUAAGGGAGUUGUUACGUAGCGAGCGAACGGUUGGAAACAACUUAGCACAGCCAAAUAUAAAAUUGCCCGAUCUUCCAGCCAAAACACUCGAGGAAUUUUUGCUAUUAGAGGAAUACUCGAAGAUUCCUCAACAGGCCAAUGCAUUGAUAAAACAUUUAUCUACAGUUGGUGGUAUAAAUGUUGGAAAUGCCACAAGAAGGAUUUGGUCCCUUAUUGUGACCGAUUUUGUUAGCAGCAGAUUGAGCUGGAUCGGGGCAAAUGAAAAAACCAAGUUGCAAAAUUUAAAUAUAAAUCGAAUAAUUAUAGUUGCUGUAAGAACAAUAAUACCGAACGCCACUGACAUAGAAGUCUUGUCUGCAACCAAAGUUUGGAUUCGAAAAUCGGCAGAAAGGAUAAGAAAAAUGGACAAAACUAUUUAAAUGUUAUUUAUAUUUGUCAUAUUAUAGAUAAUAGAUACAUAGUGACAUGUAUAAGUUGUUAAAGAACCAAUAUAGCGUGUGAUCCUGUA